AUGGCCUACAUCGGCGUCAGGCAGGAGCUCUGCGUUCGGAGCGCGGACCAGCUUCCGCCUCACCUGCUCGCAUGUGUCUCCCAAGCUGCCGAGCGGGGGCGGCGGUGUUAUGUGGUGAGCUUGUGCCAGGAGGGGCGGCUGGCGCGAAGCGACAGCCAGACGAGCUGUCGGGUGGACCCCGCUGCCGAGCUGGGCGUGUUCGUUGUGCUGGGCCGCCAGCCGGCUGUCAACGAGGACGACGUCUGGCCGGACAAGGUCGUCAUCGAGGGGGAGCGGGACGAGCACGACGGCGAGCAGUGGCUGGCCAUCUGUUCGGAGGACGUGGCCACGCACAUGGCCCACCAGGGCUUCACCAUGGCCACGAAGACCGAAGAGGAAGGCGAACCCGGCGCCAGCGGCGAUCAGUCCCAGUCGGCGGCCAACCUCAGCAAGGAAGCUGGGCGCCCGGCGCAAGGACGGAGGACGCGGCGGUUGGUCAGGUUGGCGGAACUUAAAGGCCGAGACCUGAUCGGCCUCUCGGUGCGGUGCACCAGCGUCGGGGCCGAACAGCAGGAAAGCCGAACGGUGCCGAUCUCUCCCGACCAGCCCGACUCCAAAGCCAAGGGCGACAAAGAGUGGACCAAGGGACCACAUUGUAUUCGUUGCCUCCGAUCAAUGGCCGAUAAGCAGCGUGUGGAGCGGGUGCUUGCUUCACGCGACACCUUCCGCUACUACGCUUGCAGCGAGGACAUCCAGUCCCUUGCCGCGUUGGCGGACAGCUACUACCUGCCGCUUGCCGCCUCCCCAGAAUGGAAGGCUCAGCGUGUGAGACAUUUGUUGGAGCUCUUGGAUGCAGAAGAGUGGCACAUUGCUCGCUACGGUGGGACGGGCAUUCCGCUACCGUGGUCGCCGCAGAUGGUGAUCACCCCUUGGCACUCGUGCACGCGUUCCUCGCAGUGGCCCCCGCACUACGCCGAGGACUGGGAUCAAGUGUUCGCGCCCACUGGUCGGUCUUGGGGGGACUCGCCGCCGCUGCCAGAGCACCUCGCCCAGGCUCGGGACCUGUUCCGAGCCUGGUAUCCGCUCCAUAUCCUUCUCGCUCCGGCAAAGCGCGGAAGCAACUCGUACUCGGGCUGGUCCAGCAGCGGCGCCGCGGUGUUUCUCUCGCUCUUGCUGCACGUGGCCAUCUGGGGGCCGGCCAUGUGUCCCCGGGCGAUUCAGUUCGGCGCCUCGCUGGCCGGACUGAAGCGGGUCACCGGCGUCCGGUUCCGAGCGGGCGAGGACGAGAACUACGUCCAAUGGGCCCAACUUCCCAACUACCCUGAGCUGCGGGACCUCUACAAGGUCUACUUCGUCAUGCUCUCGCUCUACAGGCACAGCGGCAGCAUGCGACCGGACAACUACGUGCACCUGGAGCUGGCAGGCGACUUCGUGGCGCUGGAGGACGUAAAGUUCGGGCGCGCGUUGCACCAGAACUUGAAGACCCUCGCGCGAGCGCUGCAUGGGCAUCGGCCGAAGGCGGCCGUCAAAUUCAUCUUCGACGAUAUGCUCAGAUCCCUGCGACGCUAUCGAACCGCUCUGGGGAGCGUGCGCGAGGACUGGUCGGCGUGCAGCGUCAAGCUUGUCCGUCGCUUUUGCAAGCGCUACCAUGCACCACUUCCGCAAGACCAGCCGGCAAUCGACGCUGCGCUCGGUGAGAUGAGCCGCUGGUGGCGCAAACACGUCAGCCGCGCCCACAGCGCCACCGAUGGCGCCAUGGCUCGAGGCCACGUCGUGGUGGUGGCGGAGGCAGGCCUGUCCACCCCGCAUAGCAGAUGGGCCGAGCUGGCGAGCCGCUAUCUCGAGCGGCUUGCCGACAGAGUCGCGCGCGCCAAGCGACACCGGCCUGGCAACCGCGACCGACCGGCGACGGCCCGCAUCACCGUAUGUCAGGGCACGCCCGAGUGGGUCAGUGUCAUCGUCGCCGCGCUGACCAGCCGAUUCGACGAGCUGGCCGCCGAAGCUGGCGGCCAGCGUACCGAUGAGGUGGUGCGGCGCUUCACAACGGACCGACUCGCACGGGAGCAGGUGCGCGCGGCUCUGGCGAGGGUCGGCGCCAGCUGGCCCGUAGUGGCCGACCUGGCUGUAGGCGAGGAGGACGCGGAGCUCAUGCGCGUCGUGGCCCACCUGCGCGAACGCAUCGCCUCAGGUGGCCUCCCCGACCCUAGCUCGGCGUACGACGAGGCCGCCCUCAUCCGUCGCUUCGCGGGCCACAUCGCGCGGCAGGCCAGCGUGUCCUCGGUCGAGGUGGUCGAGCACCACUGCACCGUCGAGCGGCCUACCGCCGAGUUGCUCUGCGUGCCCGGCCGGCCGCUUGUUGAAGUGUGGAUUUAA